AAACCGCAGCAUUGACUCGAAGGACUUUUUUCCCCUCUGUAAAUAAUAUAAACUGUUGUCUAUUUGGUAUUUAAAAGAUACCAAUGUCAUUUGGAUGGUCUUUGAAUGAUGUGGUCACCCAAGGAAACAAACGUUCGAAAAUGUCUCAUCAUGUUCCCACCAUAACCAGCUGGGACAUCAAUGAUUCCUUGGCUGCAGACUUUGAUGGAUCUCUCUCAGGCCUUGGUUCUGAGCUUGGAACAACAAGUUACAAUAUGAGUGAAGCCCUGCUGGCAUUGCCUGUAUUCAAAUCGGAGAAUUUGGACAAUGGAUAUCAGUAUAUCCUUGGAGCAGCCACCUCCCCUGCUGUGAAAUUGAAUGAGGAGACCUUGACCUACUUGAAUCAAGGACAAUCGUAUGAAAUCAAACUGAAAAAGCUUGGAGAUUUAUCAGAUUUUCAAGGAAAGUAUCUCAGGAGCAUUGUAAAGAUUUGCUUCCAUGAGCGCCGUCUUCAGUACAUGGAGAAGGAACAGAUAGAUAGUUGGCAGAACACUAGACCAGGGGAGAGAAUCCUAGAUAUUGAUGUUCCAUUGUCAUAUGGAUUGAUUGAUGUCAACAUUGACAGAGAACGUCUAAAUGGAGCUGAAUUUGUUUGGGAUCCAACCAAGGAAUCAGGUGUCUACAUUAGAGUUAACUGUAUCAGUACAGAGUUUACAGCCAAGAAACAUGGUGGAGAAAAAGGUGUACCUUUCCGUCUACAGAUCGAGACCUACAACCAUGGAGAAAAUGAAAGCAAGCUGGUUCACUGUGGCUCUUGUCAAAUCAAAGUCUUUAAGCCCAAAGGAGCAGACAGAAAACACAAGACAGACAGAGAAAAAAUGGAGAAAAGAACAGAAGUUGAGAAGGAGAAGUACCAGCCAUCAUAUGAAUGCACAGUGUUAACAGAGGUUCCCUUGGAGCAGGUUACACAUGUUGCCACCUCUGCUGUAAAAUCACCUAACAAUGCAUUUGCCAGUCUCACUCAGAGCUUUAGUGACUUGCAUGCUGGAUCUCCUGCACAGAGUAGCAAAACUUUUCCAGGAGAUGGAGAUGAUUCUUCGAGCUGCAAUGGAGGAACUGGUUCUAGCAAGAAACUCAAGUCCACAGUUUCUACUGAUGACCUGAACACAACAGCCAAUUUUAGAGGCAAGCCCUUGACUUGUGAUGCCUCUGCUGGUGAGGUUACAGCUUGGUUACAGGCCAAUCGAUUUAACAGCUACAAAGAGAUAUUUCAGAACUUCUCAGGUGGAGAUUUGUUACGUCUGACACGAGAUGAUCUUAUUCAGAUUUGUGGUCUAGCUGAUGGAAUACGAUUGAAUAAUGCUCUACAGGCAAAGGCAAUCAGACCAAGGUUGAUAAUAUAUGUAUGUCAAGAAAGUGACUCAGUGUACCAUGCCCUCUACCUCGAACACCUGACAAGUCAGGAACUUCUGGAAAAGCUUGCCCAGCUCUACAAUGUCAGUGCAGAUCAGAUUGGAGAAUUGUACUGUCAGGGACCCUCAGGAAUUUAUGUCCUCCUCAAUGAUGAGGUCCUUCAAAACAUGUCCGAACAGUCAAGAUUCUGUGUGGAGGCCAUGAAAUCAGACUCAUCUGACCAAUACAAGGUGUUACUGAAAUCAAUUUCCUGACCAUAUCUACAUCCACUGAUCUCACAGCAGUUGUUUUACUGGUGUAAAAGGCAUGUUCUAAAAGAGGACAAAAAUCAUUCAAGAUUUGCCAUACUUCUUGUUAGUAUCUUCAUAUCACAAUUUUUCAGACAUUCUGCAUACUAACUACAGGAGUUUAUGAGGAG